GGAGAGCCGCGCGGGGCCCGGGCGGCGGGACAGGAGCGGGCCAGCAGCCCGCCGCCGCCGCUAGCCCGCUGCCGCCGCCCCGCCGCGCGCCAGCGCCACGAUGGCGUCCAUGCUGCUACAGACCUGUGGCCGGCGGGCCUGCCGCCUGCCCCGAGCGCUCCGCCGUCAGCCCCAGCUGGGUAACUUGGGAGAUCGGGCAUGUCUUAGUUGUACAUCCCUGAGGCUGGCUAACAAAAUGACUAUACACUUUAAAUAUUGCACUAGUGUCUCUCCUGUUUACGCAUACUCCAAAAAAGAUCGCCACUGUUGUUGGACUAAAGGAUCUGAACAAAUACACUUUACUCUUAGGAGCUCUUCUGGCUCAUGGACGCCACUAGCAACCAUGGGUGUUUUAGGUCCCCAGUAUCUUCCAGUUAGGUGGUGGCAUUCUUCACAUCCCCUUCGAGAUGACUCCAUAGUUGAAAAGUCGCUGAAGUCCUUAAAGGACAAAAACAAGAAGUUGGAAGAAGGAGGUCCUGUAUAUAGUCCAACAGAAGUGGAAGUUGUGAAAAAAUCUCUUGGACAGAGAAUUGUGGAUGAACUGAAGCACUAUUACCAUGGGUUUCGGUUACUGUGGAUCGACACAAAAAUAGCUGCAAGGAUGCUCUGGCGAAUACUUCAUGGAAACACGUUGUCUCGUCGAGAACGGAGACAGUUUCUUCGAAUAUGUGCCGACCUUUUCCGCUUGGUCCCUUUCCUGGUUUUUCUUGUUGUCCCAUUUAUGGAAUUUUUACUUCCAGUAGCUCUUAAGUUGUUCCCUAACAUGCUUCCCUCUACAUUUGAGACAAAAUCUAAAAAGGAGGAAAGACUGAAGAAAGAACUGAGAGUAAAGCUUGAAUUGGCUAAAUUCCUUCAAGAUACAAUUGAGGAGAUGGCCUUAAAAAAUAAAGCAGCUAAAGGAAAUGUCACAAAAGAUUUUUCAACCUUCUUUCAAAAGAUCAGAGAGACUGGUGAAAGACCCAGUAAUGAGGAGAUCUUAAGAUUCUCUAAACUGUUUGAAGAUGAGUUGACUCUAGACAAUCUUACCAGGCCUCAGCUGGUGGCACUUUGUAAAUUGUUGGAACUUCAGUCAAUUGGGACAAAUAACUUUCUACGCUUCCAACUGACUAUGAGGUUGAGAAGCAUAAAAGCAGACGACAAACUGAUUGCUGAAGAAGGAGUGGAUAGCCUGACUGUUAAAGAACUGCAGGCAGCGUGUCGUGCCCGUGGUAUGAGAGCUCUUGGUGUGACAGAGGAACGUCUCAAGGAGCAGCUUAAACAGUGGUUAGAUCUUCAUCUGAACCAGGAAAUCCCUACUUCAUUGCUCAUUUUGUCCAGAGCUAUGUAUCUUCCAGAUACCCUUUCUCCAGCUGACCAGCUCAAAACAACUCUUCAGACACUACCAGAGAGUGUUGCCAAAGAGGCUCAAGUCAAAGUGGCAGAAGUUGAAGGUGAAAAAAUAGAUAACAAAGCACGUCUGGAAGCAACACUUCAUGAAGAGGAAGCCAUCAGAAAAGAAAAUGAGGAAAAAGAGAUGGAAAGAUUGUCUGAAGCUGCAGAGAAAGCCAAAGAAACCAUUCAAGUUGCAGCCACGAAAGAGGUGGAAUCAGCAGUAGAUCUUGAAGCAGCUGCCCUGCAAGCUAAAAAAACUCAGAUGGUUGUGGAUAUUGAACAAGAACUGGCAAGAGCAGAUGCGACAAUGCACUCAGAGAUACUGAAGGAUACAGCACCAGUGUUGGAAGGCAUUAAGGGUGAAGAAAUUACUAAGGAGGAGAUUGACAUGCUGAGUGAUGCUUGCACCAAGCUGCAGGAACAGAAAAAGUCACUAACAAAGGAAAAAGAGGAGCUUGAGGAAUUGAAGGGUGAUGUCCAGGAGUACAAUGAGGAUUUAAAAGAGAUAAAAGAGCUCUCUAAAACUGGUGAGGAAGGGGCAGUCGAGGAGUCAAAGGCAAGCAAGCAAUUGACCAAGAGGGUGAACCGAAUGAUCGGUCAGAUAGACAAAAUUAUCGAUGAACUGGAGACAACUCAAAAGACUGCAGAUGUAAAGGUGGACAGUGGUGUUAGUCCUCCUGCUGGAUUGUGCUUCCUCUUCAGGGAGAAUCUCAUCAGUAUUGCUGAGCUGAUUAAUGCCAUGAAACAAAUUCAGAAGAUUCCAGAGGAGAAGCUAACUAGGAUUGCAGAGGCACUGGAUGAAAACAAGGAUGGCAAAAUUGAUAUAGAUAAUGUUGUUAAGGUAGUAGAAUUGAUUGACAAAGAAGAUAUUGAUAUUGGCACCAGCCAGGUUGCUGAGAUUAUGGCACUGCUUCAAAAAGAAGAAAAACUGGAAGAAAAAGAGAAAGCAAAGGAAAAGCACGAUAAAGAAGCUGCAGAAGCAAAGAAUUGAGCUUCAUUCAGAAUCCCAACUGUAACCAAAACCUUGUCUUAUCUUUCUGUGUCUAAUGGCUACAUAUUAAUUGAGCUUUGUGAUUAUGGGAAGUGUUUUGAGCUGAUUCUAGUAAUAAAUUGUAGGUAUGUUUUCUGACGUAUGGAAUGAAAUGUCUGUUCAUCAAAGAAGUGAUUUACUGUCAUUCCAUACAGAUGAAAAUAAAAUAUGCUUCUUUAGCAGUGCUCCUGCCCACAAAAUCAUAUGUUUGCACUCGUUGUAGUACAGUGAUCCAUUAAACUUGUAAGUUUGCUGUAUAAAUUAAGUGUAUCUAUCAUGGAAAAAGAAAGUUUCCCAUUUCUUUCAUCAGUAAAUGGGGCCCAGCCUUGCUCUGCUUCUGCCUUUUAGCUCUAUCAGAAUUUAAUACAAACUUUCCCUUCUGUCACAGUAUUACAUAUUUUAACCUGACAGUGAAGUUUCUCUUGCUACAGUAAGAGCUCUUGAGAUUGAGUUCUAGUUUAGCUAAAUAGCACAGAGCUGUUGCCUCACUGACAGAGAAUGUGGCAUUCUAAUCACUUUUAUGAAUUCAUGAUUAUUGGGCUUUUUACUGUCGAAGGGAAGAUCAGAUUUAUUUUUUCCCUGGAAUGGAAACUUCCCAUGAAUUUGCUUCUUAUGGGUGCCUUAAAUUUCCUAAGUAAAGGGAGUGAAGAGUGUCACUUCUACUCAAAAUUCCGUGAAUUCCUAAAGCAUUUGAAUCACAGGAGCCUUCAAAAUAGUUCAGAACACAAUCUGUCACACAGGAAAGUGAGUUAAAGUGUUUGUCUAAACAGCAAAAUGAAAACAAUCCUAAGGGGAAGAUGUCAGUUGUGGUCUUUUUGCAUCUGGUUUUUUUUUAAUGCAGUUGUUUUUGUAUGUUUGGUUUUCAUCUGAUGAUGAUGUACACUGAUAACUUGUUCUCUUACCUCCCAAUUGUCAUCUCAGGUAUAAAGUCACUUAACUGGGUAUAGUCAGAGUACAUAAAUACUUUCAUCUCACAGCCUUGCUUACUGUGCAGUCAACAAGUCCUGUCUGGUAUUGCCAGUCCUUUGAUUACAUUGUUUGCUUUUUAAUUAAUUGCUUAUAGCUGCUGUCUUUAACAGUGUGAUUAAAUACUGACAGUAGGUCAGGGUUUACUCAUUAAUAUCUAUCUUUACUACUAAGUUUUGAAGUUAAAAAUACCAUCUCGGUGAUGUUCCAUAAUUCCCACUGGCCUACAUUUUCCACUCUUUCUUCAGAUCUCUUACGAGCUCCACACGGUGUGACUUAAACCAGCAAGGUUGUGGCUUGGGGGGGUUUUAUCCACUUUUUAUUUUGCACCCAGUGUUAUGAAAUAGAUGAACAUUCUUGAUUUUGUGUACACUGCAGAGAGCAUAUCUUCCAGUGGUGCUGUACACAGCCAUGUGAGGUGGGCAGUUAGUACUUGAGGCUUUUAGUCAUAGUUGCAUCUUUUCCUAGAAACUAUUGACUCCCAGCUGUAUUUUAGAGUAAUUCCAUGUUCAGUAUUUAUCUAGAUUGGCUAAAUUAUUUGUAAAAAAUUCUUGUUUAAGUUAGUGGAACAAAAAAAUAAGACAUUUUGACAGUCUCAUGGCUUGCAUGAUGGACCAUUGUGUUUAGUUGUUUUCCAAGCAUCAUGUACAGCAAGAUGUACAGUACCAUUAACUCCAGAAAAAGGGCUGAUGUGUCUAGUUCAAGUACUGAUGUUCUGUACUUUUUGCAAAGAAAGCUGCUUGCAGUAACUAAGAUCCUCCUGAGAAUUAACUAACAACUGUAUCUCAAGUGUAAAACUGAUGUGACAAAGUUGAAAUUUCAAAUCAGUACAGUCUUUGUAGCUAUUAUACCACUAAUCAAGGGGGCUCUUUUCUACCUUGUAAGUCGAGGUGAACUUGGAGAUACCAGCCCCAAAAGUCAGUUUGUAGAUUUUUGAAGACAGGACUUCUCUAGAUGCUUUUUUUUUUAAGGCCAAAACUUAACUUAGGUGAAAAUGCAAGUGUUAAACUAAUUUUCAGACUUCAGUUUAAAAGGUGAUUUUACAUUGUAUAAUUUGAGUAAAUGAGCUUUGAAGUAUGCUAAAUUUUGCAGGUGAGUAUCUUCACAUUGAAAACAAUAUCCAACAACAUUACUUGACAUUCCUGAAACCUGAUAAAGAUACUCUGAAGCUGUCUGCUACCUUUCACAGAGUAUCAGAAACCUAAGAAUUGUGUGCUCCUCCAUGCAUGCAACUUUAAACCAGAGAAACAGCAGAAAAAGCUGUUUUCAAAGAUUCACCAAUGAAAGUUUUGCAGAGCUUUAACUGUCCUUACAGUAAACUAUCUGAUUGUAGGAUAUUGGAGUUUCAGGCACUUUGCUGCUGUUGUUUUUCUGUGUUUACUGUUCACAUAAGUUUUCUUUGGAUUAAAUAAGAAGGGAGCCAAAAUCGGAUGAUUUUUUUUAAGUGGAGAAUGUCCUUGAUUAAAACAGUUGUGAUUUGUUUAUUGAAUGUUUUUAGCUUUUGGACUUGUUUGAAAUUUGGCAUCUUGUGAAAUUUUAGCAGGUUCCAUAAUAUACAUUUAGAUGUCAAUCACAGAUGUCAGUUUUCCCAUUACCUCAAAUGUCACCUGUCACAAAGCGUUUUCGGGAGGAGUAUUUUCCUUCUCAUGUUGCAAGUAGGCAAACCCACCACAGCUGGACUUGAACAAGACAUGUUCUGCAAGCCCACAAAGCUUAGGAAGCCCUUGGAUGCCCAGUUUGGAACUUUCCCGAGUGGAACUUUCACCGAGUGCCCAGGUGAUCCAGACAACUCCAGCAAAGAGGAGGCCCAAGGACUGGCUUCAGACACCGCCCUUUGUUGUCUUCCGUGUUGACCAAAAACCCAGAAGCUGCAGUACUUUCAGAGAAAGGAUGACUUCCGAGUGUACAGAAACUGGUCAGAACUUAUUCCUGAAUGAAUAUUUAAUCAGGAGAUGUAAAUAUUUGUUUAAAUAAUUACAGGAUGUGCGAGAUUUCAGUGACCUUUUGACUCACACAGGCAAAGCCUCUAAGCUCAGAGUUAGGUAAUUGGCAAGCUCGUUGUUGGGGUUGUUUGGGAUUCAAACGAGAUCAGAUUUUGAUUCUAAACUAUUGAGGGGAAGAAAAUGUAAAAGAUAUAAAAAGCUUUGUGAAACAACCCAUUUAGUGACAGGGAAGAGAAGUAGGAUGGUGUUUCUUUUACCCCUCCCCAAAUGAGCAGGUUGUGGGACCUAUUUAAUUGAAAAAAAAAUUGUUACCUUUUUGUGUUAGCUCAAAAGAUGUUUUUUACUGAGAUUUUUCAUCACUGACUGCAUGCUGUGACAGUAAAUCCACCUGCAGGUUAAGUACCAGAUGGCUACUGGAACAGGUUGUGUGUCAGAGGGACUGCAUGCAGAUGAGGAGUAUUCCCUUGAUGGGAUGGUACCUUGCACUUAGGUAGGCUUUGUCUGGGGGAAGAAGUUACAUCUUUUAUACAACUCCAGAGUACUUCUUGUAACUUUCUCUCUACAUGCCUUGCUAAUCAUUUAAACUUUUAUCUGCUUCACCGUGGAUUUCAAUACUUUUAAAUUGUUUUUACCAGAUGAUUGGGUAUUUUUAAUUAAAGGAAUAAUCCCAUAUUCUGUUCUUUGUAUGUAUUCCAAGUUUUGCUUUUCAGUUGAAGAAUUUCAGCCCUUGUUGCAAAUUUAAGUUGAAAAUCAUUUAUCUGUGCUCUGAGCAUCCUGGUCCUGUGUUUGCCAUAAUGCAGUAUGAAAUUUUUAAGUUAAUUGGAGCUUGUGUCCUUUUGUUUAGUUAUAUAAUAAAUGUGUCAUUU